UUUGAUUCAGCAUUGUAAAUGCAAGUUGUCAAAUUUAGCCCACAUUUAGUCUAAGUUUGCCCUUCAACAAGCAAUGUCUGUCGUGUUAGCGAUUUUAUCUCUCUACCUCACCUGGGCAGAUGCUGCGGGGUCUCAUUGGGGUUACACAGGAUUAAGUGGUCCCCAGCAUUGGCACAAGCUGUUUGACAAUGCCUGUUCAGGAUUAAGUCAGUCCCCCAUCAACAUCCAGAGAGAGAAGGCAAUCUACGACCCUUCCCUCAAUGACUUUGCUAUCUGGCAUGACCCCCCUCAACCAGGCUCAUAUUUUGAUGUCACCAACAAUGGACAUACAAUCCAAGUUGAUACAGUGGGUCCAUUCUAUGUGACAAAUGGUGGUCUCCCGGCUACCUACAACACUGUGCAGUUCCACUUCCACUGGGGCCACAAAAAUGACCAUGGGUCAGAACACAAGAUUGAUGGCCAUGCCAGCCCAUUGGAGCUCCAUGUAGUGAGUUAUAAUUCUGAUACAUAUGACAUGAUCACAGAAGCCAUGGUUCAGCCGGAGGGUCUAGCAGUCUUAGGAGUGAUGUAUGAGAUUGUAGAUGAGGACAAUCCCGCAUUGGAACCGAUCAUUAAUGCGAUGAACACCGUCAGAGACCCAGGAGCAAAGGUCAAGGCCCGCAUCGAUGCCCAGCCCAUCAGAAACUUCCUCCCCGAGGAUACGUCCCGCUAUUUCCGUUACAAUGGGUCCCUGACCACACCUGGAUGUUUUGAGAGUGUUAUCUGGACUGUGUUUGAUAAGAGACAGACCAUUUCCCACCGUCAGAUGAGAAUGUUCCGCACUCUUCUCCAACAUAAGAAAAGACAAGAAAGGAAGAAGAGAAGCACUAAAGGACGACGGGAACUGGCUGCUGAGGAGGUCCUCGAGGAGGUGGGAAUCAAAGGAAAGGUCCUCGAGGAGCUGUCACUAGGGUUACAGAUGGAGAAGAGACAGAGGGAACAGGCCAAAAAACAGGAGGGCACAAUUAUCAAGGAAUACCAAAUGACACACAAUAUGAGUGCAGACGAAUCUGUGAAACUGGAAGACAUUCCCACGGCUUUCAUCCAGGAGGCUCUGUAUGAUAAUUACCGACCUGUACAGCCACUGAACAGCAGAACUGUGUACUCCUCAUUCAAGAUAGAGCCCAAAAAAGGUCCCUCAAAAAAGAUUCACUGGGGUUACACUGGCAAGAAAGGUCCAUCAAACUGGCACACUCUGUUUGAAAACUCCUGUUUGGGAUCACACCAGUCCCCUAUAAAUAUCGAGAGAGAGAAGACAAUCUUCAACCCAGACAUUAAUAACUUUAUUUUCUGGUACGACCCACCUGCUCCUGGAGCCGAGUUCUAUGUCCUCAAUAAUGGCCAUACAGUACAAGUCAACACUAUUGGCCCCUACUAUGUAGCCAAUGGUGGUUUGUCUUCAGUGUACAGUACUGCCCAGUUCCACUUCCACUGGGGAUCAGAAGAUGGCUUUGGAUCAGAACACCAGAUAGAUGGACAUACCUUCCCACUAGAACUCCACAUAGUAAACUAUGACUCAGUGACUUACGCUUCCAUUGGUCAAGCCAUGACAGAGGCAGGAGGCCUUGCUGUACUUGGAGUACUCUUCAGGAUAGGAGAGAAGGAUAAUGAAGCCUUAGAACCAAUCAUACAAGCAAUGAAGGUGGUCCGAGAUCCAGAGGACCAUGCAAAGGUCAAGAUUGAAGCUCAGCCAAUCAAAAAUUUCCUACCUGAGAACACCUCUAAAUUCUACAGGUACAAUGGAUCCCUGACCACUCCAGGUUGCUUUGAGAGUGUCAUCUGGACGGUAUUUGAGGACAAACUGACCCUCUCAGCCAGACAGAUGGCAGAAUUCCGUCAACUUUUCCAACACCGAAAGAUGAAGGGUGAAAAGAAGAAACGGGAUGUGUCUGGUACAGAUAGAGAGGCCGCGGAGGACAUUAUGGUUGAGGCUGGUAUUAUUGGGGAUGUUAAGGAAGAACUAAAAAUGAUUGAAGCUCUUCAGAAAAAGAAGCACAUCCGCAUUCCAAAAAUGAUGCAAGAUGAAGGCUACGAGACCCAGAAUGAGACGCAAAGUAAGCCAGUUGAAAGUGUUCAAGAAAUCACGAUAGAAAUUAUACAGGAACAACUGGUGGACAACUACCGACCUGUCCAACCAGUGAAUGACAGGCUGGUAUAUCGUACAUUUUCAUUUGAGCCCAGACGAGAAGUGCGAUAUGUUGUACGAUCUGAUACACAGGGCAGUUUUGCUGCAUCAUCUGUACCAUCCUUUAUUGUCAUUUUUACAUGCUUUUUAUUUUCUGUGUUUUUAUGUAGAUAUAAACUCUAAGAUAACUCUUUUAUUAUGAUAGUUAGGAUAGCAGAGUUUUAAAUCGAGAUGACUUUAAAUAGAGAACGUUUUUAAAUUUUAUUUUGUUUAUACUUUCUUUUUUUUUUGUAUGUAUAAUAGAUAACAAACUGUUCAAAUCCAAUAAAGAGUUUUAAAUGCAAAUUACUCUUAAAAGUUCCUCUAUAAAAAAAAUUUUAAAAAAAAGAAUAAUUUUGAAUUCAAAGUAUUUUUUUCUUUAUUAAUUCAUAAACUUGCUGGUUUGAUUUUUCAUAUUUUAUUUGGCAACAUCAGGAUUUCUUUUUAAAAGACAGACAUUCCAUGAUUUUUACAUAGACCUGGAGCAAGGUCUAUCAUUAUAAAGUAAAAUUAUAAAGACCCUAGUCAUUUUGUCAUCAGUUAAGCAGCUACUAGCUUCAUCAUCAUCUAGAAAACUGUGUGUUUGCAGACCAUUUUAUGUUUUACAUAAGGAUAAUCAUUUUUUCCAAACUUAUGAGAUAAAUUCAUAUAAGAACUGGGGGGUUCAUACUCCUGUUAAGCCAGGAGGAAGAGGCAAUUUUCUGUUGGGAGCAUGCAAUGUACCUGGUUUGAUGACAGGAUAUUGAACAGCAAAUGGAGCAAUAUAUAAUUCUAAUUUAGCGUUAAAUCUAGUAUGGAAUUGACAUGCACCACAUAAACCAAUGACACAUGCUUUUAUGCCUAUAAUAAGCACCUCAUUAACUUAUACAGAGAAGUAAUUAAGUUAAGAGGAGUUGAAUGAUCUUGGCUGACCAAUGAUCACCAUUCUUUAUAUUGGACAUUGACUUGGGAUAUAAUUUAUGUAUAUAUAUGAGAUUGCUUCCUUACAUUGUCCGUAAAGAACUUGUUUUCCAUUCUAAAUACGUAGAAAAUGAGUUAAGCCAAAGGCAUGAUUUUCAAUUAAAAGUUUGAAUUUUUUGUGGAAUAGAAUGUUUGUGUGAUGUGUGUGUGUGUGUGUGAUUUUAUCUUUUAUAAAUGUACAAAGCAAGAGUAUCGCCAUUCAUGCUUCAUGUUCCAAAGAAAUGUUAUUGCACAAUUUUGUAUUAUAUUUAGUAAUGUUUUCACCAUCCUAGUCUGUUUUCUUUUUCUUUUUGUUCAAUAAAUUAUUCAGGAAGACUG